UUUAUAUUCUUGUGGUGCAAUGCCCUAUAUUUGCUGUGGGCUUAAAGUGUCCACAUCAGCAGACUGAUAAUCACCAAAAUAAGGCCGCCUCGCUGACUGUUCGCGUUUAUAAAAAGGGUGGGAAUGAUAGAGAGAAGGUGAGAGAGACAGAAAGAGAGAGAGGAGGACAGAGAGUGAGUUAAAGAGUGUGUGAAAGAGUGUCCUGUCCUACAGUUACCUAGCAAAGAUGACUUUCAAUGGAACUUGGAAAGUUGACCGUAGUGAGAACUACGACAAGUUUAUGGAACAAAUGGGCAUUAACAUCAUGAAGAGGAAGCUGGCGGAACAUGACAACUUGAAGAUCACCAUCACCCAGACUGGAGAGCAGUUCCACGUUAAGGAGUCCAGCACCUUCCGCACCAAAGAGAUCGACUUCACACUCGGCGUUCAGUUUGACUACGCUCUGGCCGAUGGAACAGAAGUUUCAGGCUCCUGGAACAUGGAGGGUGAGAUGCUGAAGGGUUCCUUCACCAGGAAAGACAACAACAAGGUUCUCACCACCACCAGGACUCUGGUGAACGGGGAACUGGUUCAGAGCUACAGCUAUGACGGGGUGGAUGCCAAGAGAAUCUUCAAGAAGGAGUAAAAAUUAAACUGGAACAAGAAGCACAGACAUUUCUGCCAAACACACUAGUGAAAUGUAUCUACCCCUGGGACAUAAUCACACAUCUGAGGUUUAAAAGAUCAGAUUUAGCAUCCACAUUUUCUCCCCCCUACACACACACACACACACAAACA